AUGCACAAGCUGACAUACAUGCGUGUAGGGGCUGCUUCAUCUACUGGAGGGGGAGAAGCCCUUCCAUGCAACAGACCAAAAAAAUCACACAUUGAGAUGGCUUUAAUUUUUGUCGCUGCUAAUCUUAUAAAAGUUUGCCUCCCCUACACAGCACGAAAAUUUCACCGCAAAGGAGGACGAGGCAACAGGUGGGAACCAUACAUUUUAAAAGGAGCCACUAAAUUGGCGCACAGGGGGAGAAUUUUUGUGCAAAAUAUGUCCCUGCGCUGUAGGCAUGAGGGGGAGGGACACGAGGAACAGAAAACUCCCCAUUCCCCACACUCCAGACUGAAGAGUGGUGACGAAAAAGUGUAA